AUGGCGUCGACGUCGGUGGCGGUCGAGAUACAAUCUCAUUUCCGGUUUAACAAAGUUCGCAGUUUCGCGAAAACGAGUAAAAAAAAAGAACGUUAUGCGAAAGUUAUUAUAUCGGUUUGCAUGCAUUUAUCGAGUUACGGUGUUUACUUUAAAUGGAUAGAAAGCGUGAUUCGAGAUCGCGGGAAAUUCGUCGUGAUCCUGUACAAUCUUCGUCGUCGGUUACGGAUAAAUCUUCUAGAUUACGUAUGGAUGCCUAUUCGGGACGUUCAGGCCGAGGAAAGCAAAAAAGCGAGACGUAUGAUGAGUAAAUUUGUUUCAACAGCUGCGUCACCACCCAGACGAAAAGAAAUCGAUAACGUUAUGAAAAAAGCUCGUAGAGAGGGUACGACGGGACAAAGUCAAUAUUGGAAUAAGAAAUUACUCGAAGCAGAAGAAAAGGAUCCGAACAGGUGGAGACAUAGCGGUUAUAAAGAAUUAUACGGUGAAAAAUCGUCAAGCCGGUCGAAAAGUCGUAGUCCUGGUGGUGGCGGCAAAAGAUCUUUGCCUUCUAAACCGAGGCAAGGAAUGUUAUUGCUCUUUAGAACUGGACCUCGUUCUCCGCCGUUACCAUCGUCGUCGUCGUCUCGUCUUCGAGGUAAAUCGCGUUCACGAUCUUAUUCGCCUCCGCGUAAUACCAGCGGGAAAUCCUCGUCUUCGUCGCGUCCCCACGCUCGCGGGAGACCACAUACUCCGCCGACUACGAAACCCGUUUCGAAAACGUCGGGAGGUCGACCUAAAAGUCCAUGUAGCGGGUCAGGAAGCGAAAGCGUGAGCUCGUGUUCCGAUGAAAGUUGUUCGGUUUGUUCUCCCAAACACGGAAGGAGAAAAAAUUCAGUCAGAUCAAGAUCUCGUUCCUUUUCCGUGCCACGAUCUCGAACAUCAUCGGGUCCGGGUAAAUUAACGUCAAAAACUUCUUCGACGACAAUCGGUAGAAAACCUCCGACAAAGGAUAGACCUAGAUUAGAGGGUACUCGUGCAAUUAGAGAACGAAGUAGCCCUCCUAGGGAUCCAAGAGGACCUCCUCCUUCACCUCCUCGAUCAAAAAAUUCAAAUAGUAAACGAAAAUUAUUGACUGCCGUUAAAGUUGAGGGUCAACCUAAAAAAAAGAAAAUCGUUAGGCCUGGAAGUCCGGCCGAUUCAGAAUCAGACGAAAGUUCUUCUUCGUCGGAUGGUUCGGGUACCGGUGCUCCCAAGUUGACUUUGUCGGAGCGUUUUGGAAAAAUGGCACAAUGGUCCGUCGACCGAAGAGAUAUAGAUUCUGUAAAAAAUAUGAGAAUAACGAAAGAUUCGGAUUCAACGGAUUUCAAAGUCGUCAUCGAAGGACCUGACGAAGAAGACAUUUAUCGGGCUGGUGCACCUGAAUUUGGUGACAGACGUUUCGGUGCCGGAUAUUUUCCUGAAUCCAUGCAUGCAGCACCUGUAGGAUUAACUGCUUGGGACGAUGUUCGAGUUCGAUAUAAAUAUUAUAAAAGUAGGGGAUAUCUUAGGGAUUUAACAUUAGAAGAUUAUAUGAAAUGGGAAGAAUGGUGGUACAAAUAUCAGGAAUGGUUGGAAGCCGAAAGAUAUUAUGAACAUUGGGCUAAUAUUCGAGCUAGACAUCAUAAAAGCAGACGAUACGGUGCAAAACUAUCAUAA